AUGAGUUACGCAAAUAACCCGAGGUUAAACAACGGUCAUCGCGAGACAGCGAGACGUCUCCUACGAUAUUGGGAGACAUAUCCCGAUGAUCCCAAAACAACAAGAAUUUCAGACUCCUUCCGAGCAUAUACGAGUGUUAUAGCGUUCAUCGCGUGGAAUACGAAUAUCGGCCGAAUCGACGUCAGAUACGACGAUAGAACCUGGACUCAGGCAACGCAACUCGAAGACAGCUGGAGGAUAGAGAAUUACGACUAUAACGAGGCGGUAAAUAGCAUCGCCAGGGCGAUUAUCUACGCCCGAGAACUCCAGGACCUUCAAGGACAAUUCGGAGAACCAAGCUCGGAAGAGUCAGACAUCACGAAAAGCAAGCAACCCGUGAGAGACAACGAAACCACCGAACCAGCGCCAAUAACGCCGCCAACACAGCUUCAACAGCAAGAGCAACAACCUCCUGGGGCACCACUCAAGCACGGCCAAUACGAGGGGAAUCACGAGGACCCCCAAAAGCCACAGUCAGCGGUAUCGGAUACAACCGCAAGCCAACCUCAACAAACUUUUCAGCAAGCGGGACCGUCAAAUCAACAACAAUAUACGAAACCGCUGCAAGCCGAGGUUAUUCCUCCAAAAACGGAGGCACGAGUCAUGGGGACCCCAUCGGAGGAAACGCAAUUUAUACCGAGCCAGGGAUGGAAUCCUCAACAGCAAUAUAUGCCCCCCGGCACAGGAGGAUACCUUCCCCCUCAGGGGCAGAUGCCAUACCCAAUGGCAACGGGAUUUCCAUCCUUCCAGACUCCACCGCCCCCUCAAAUGCAGCAGCAGUUCGAGGCAAUGCUAAUAAACGCGUUCGGAAGGCUGUUGGGCACGGCAACGCCGGGAUCGGAACUACCGAACCCAGGGAGGAGAUUCGCAGCCAUAACGAACAUUCAGCAACGAUACGGAGUAUUCUGGCCCGACGCCGACAGCAAGUACGGCAGGGAGCCCAUAUUCCACGACCGAGAGACACCAUGCUACCGAGACGUAGACCUAUGGCUCUCGGCGAUCGAAGCCAAGAUCGUUGAUCCUCACGCUCGAGACGAGGUCUUCAGAGAAUGGCAGAGCCUACUUAGAGGCAAAGCACUCAGCUGGUGGGAAUAUCACCUCGGGCCCGUGGAAAGGAACCAGUACAAGGCCCAGGGAUGGUUCGGCCUGCAGAAGGGACUGAGAGCCCGCUUCGGGCCAACCCAGAUAGAAGCAAUCCAAUGGGUAGUAUCCAACAAGUUCACCGUAGAAAAGAUCGGUAGCAACAAGGAUAUCCGAUUAUUCGCCCAAGACUGCUUCAAAUAUGGCAGAGCAUGGUUGGGAUCGUCAACGCCCCAGCAGCAACUACUCACGAUAUUCUACAACGCUCUGGACCCAUCUCUGCAACGAUUUCUCCACGAACCAACGCUUAAUGAUACGGUUGAGAGCUAUCUCAGACUCGCCGAGGAAAAACGCGGAGUUAUUCGAAGAUACCUGCAGACCCCAAUCGAGGUUCUUCACACAACCGCCCCAGACAGUGAGGAUAACGCUCUAUGGGGAGAACCACGCCCAGCCUGGAACAACAGGAACCAAGAGAAACGCGAUUUUCCCCAGCUACAACGUGACCAGCCCCAAUGGCAACAAAAGAAAACGCAACCUAACUGGAAACAACAAAACUGGAAAGACCGCAAACCCUGGAACGCACAGCAGAAGUUCCCGAACUCAAGGCGAUUCGCCCGGUAUAACCGUCCGGGUCAACCGCCUAACGACGCUAAGUUCGUGUGGGAAGACGAAUCGGACGAGGACAUGAUCAAUCACCUCGUCGAUCACGGGUAUAUCCUCGAAGACGUCGUAGAAGUUCCAGCGGCACAACCACAAGAGGAAGAGGUAGCCCAUACAGGAUGGACUAGUGACGUUGCCUUCCGCGCCCACGAGGCGACCACUCCCAAGGCAGAGAUCCCUCCCCCAUCUCCUCAAAUACAAGAGGAAGUAACGGUAGUCACGACGGCGUGUCAAACAGAGCCCCAGACGGAGCUGCCUAGCGACUUCGCUGGAGUAGCCGUGAAAAACCACGAAAUCAGAGAGUUGCCGAAGUUAGCACCAGGCCAAAUCAUCGACGCUCAGACGAAACCGAAUAAGCGUGGCAUGCCCUCGAAAAGAACACACCUUCGACUCCACGUCAAAGCCGACGACAAUAGCGAACCAGACGAGGUGUGUAUCGACACAGGAGCCUCAACUAUACUAGUUGAAAAGUCCUGGGUCACACGAUUCGCCCGCAAAUCGUCUUUUCGAGCGAUCGAACCAAGGAAAAUGAACGCCGUAGAUUCCACCUUCCAGGUCACAGAAGAAGUGACAUUUGACUUCUACGUCCCUGGUAAAAUAGGCGAGACAGACGUGAACGCACACGUUAUUGUCACAGCAGGGGUUGUCAACAUGCUCGGAGCAAACCUAUUGCUCGGCACCCCCUUCUGUGAGGAACACGGUCUCGUCGUAGACUUCAACAAGUCUGUUGUUAAGUUUCGAUCCGUAUUUAAUAUGGAGGCGCCCGUUGAGUAUCGACGGCAGACGCCACCCGCCAGGCGCGUGGACAACGCCUACGCAGUAACAAUUCCACGGAAGAGUCAAGUCUUCGUCCCGGGACGAUACAGCCCUCUGCCAAGGGAUAGUAACGACGGGAGCGAGACCUGGCACUUCCACCCAACACAUGAGGCAGCGAUCUACAGUACGGUAGACCUCGCGACCCCAGCGCUAUUUCUCAUCCAUAACAAAGGAAAUUCAGAAAUGCGAAUCCCCAAAGGCCGCCGUAUCGGUCACCUCACGAAACAACCACCAGGGGACACGAGUAUCCUGCUCAGCGACCUCGAAGCUGAAAAUGAGCAGGACAACGCAAUAUUCAACAUAACUAACGAGGAAAGCACCCCAGAAGGAAGUACCAAACCAUGGAUAGACGAGAUACCAGACUACGGAAUCUCUAAACCAGACGACGUGCCAAUGAUUCUCAGCAAGCACGGCGUCGAGAUACGUGACUUCGACAAGGAAUUCGCGCAACAACUGCGGAAAAUCCUCGACAGGUACGAUAUUUAUCACAACAAGGGUAUCAUACCACUCCCCGACGAGGAACGUAUGCGAAUCGACCUCGUCGACGGAUGGCAGAACCAAAAAACCAACAUAAAGGUUUAUCCACUCGGUCUCGAAGACCUCGCGGUUUUAGACGAAACCUACGGCCAACUUCACACCGAGGGAAAGAUGGAUUGGGCUGACGGCAAGCCAAUCCCGAUUGCCUGUCCUCUUUUCAUCGUAUGGCGACAAACGGAGACCGCGAGAAAACCCAGAGUGGUCGCGGACUUACGCCCACUCAACCGUCUAGCGGUCCCAGACGUUUACCCCUUGCCAGACCAAGACGACAUCAUGAACGCGAUUCGUGGCAAGAAAAGAAUUACCCUCUUCGACGCCACCGGGUUCUUUCACCAGUUGCCUAUCCACUCGAAGCACCGUAACAGGAUGGCAGUGAUAAGUCCCCGUGGUAUCGAGAUCUCGAACGUAGUGCUUAUGGGAUUCAAGAACUCGCCGGCUUACGCCCAACGAUUCAUGGAUCGCAUCUUCCAGGACCAUAAACACUUCGUUCGCGCGUACAUCGACGAUAUCGUGAUCUUCAGCGAUACCGACGAAAACCACCUUAAGCAUGUUGAAACAGUCCUCAACAUAAUCAACAACAACAGGCUCAACAUAGCAGCGAAAAAGUCAUUCGCUGGUUUUCCUUCCGUGAAACUUCUCGGCCAUAUCGUGGACGGACAAGGGAUACGCAGAACGGACGAUCGAAUCGCUGCAUUUAAGAAUCUCAGGUUCCCAAAAAACCUUAGCGAUCUCGAGAAAUACCUCGGAAUGGCAGGAUGGCUUCGAAAAGACAUUCCAUGGUACGACGUGAUCGCAGCCCCCCUUAACGAAAGGAAAACCGAGCUAGCCGCGAUCCUACGCAAGGAGGACCAGUUGCCAACAGGCCUCAAUAGGGCUGUAAGAACUAAACGGUUCCAACGUACGACUUUCGAGCCAACGCUAGAAGAAACGGAAGCAUGGGAAACGUUACAAAAGAAUCUCUGCGACCAGGUCGUGAGAUACCACCAUAACCCAGAAAAACCCUUAUUCUUUAAGAUCGACGCUUGCAAGGGAGGAUUCGGGCUUAUGGUGUUCCAGAUGGAUAUCACCUGGGACGGCGUAGGAAUUCCCGGAAAAGACAUCCCACAAAAGCAUAUCCAACCAGUGCUGUUUCUCUCAAAAGUAACAUCCCCAACAGAGAAGCGAUACUUCGCGACCGAGGCGGAGGUAGCAGCAGUGGUGUGGGCAGUGAGGAAACUUAGGAAACUGGUGCAAUCAAAUAGGAACCCAGUACAGAUCCUUACGGACCACGCAGCCACAAAGGGAAUUCUCACCCACACGUCGUUGAGAACGAUGGACCUUAAUAAGGCAAACCUUCGGUUGGCCAGCGCCGCCAACUACCUCUCUCAAUUCAACCUCAACGUCACCCACGUCCCAGGGAAACUCAACGUUGUACCCGACGCUCUCUCGCGUCUACCGUUGCUGGUGGCAACAGGUAGAGCAGACCCGUUCGAAGAAAGCGACGUACUCGCAGAUAUCCACGACGAUGAGAAUAUCGCAGCUUUCAACUCAGAGGACGACGAACGGUUGGGAGAACCAGGAGGGUUCACGAUUGGGAUAGGCGAAGACUUCGCCAAAACCAUCGUUGAAAAUUACGAAGCCGACCCAAAGUACGGAAAACUGAUCCAGCAACUCAAGAGACAACAAGAGAGUGGCGAUGAGUGGUGGUCACCUAAGGAGGCAGACGACGAGGAAAAUCGCGCUCGGAACGAGAGGCGCACGCCGAUUCGUCGUCGAAUCUCCCCGUGGCAACUAUCAGAGACAGGCUUCCUAUUCCACCGUGCGUAUGAUGGGACAAAAAGGCUGUGUAUCCCACGCAAAGCCGUCGUAGAAGUUCUCAGCCUUGCCCACGAUCAAAAGCACCAUUUCGGCGUAGACCGCAUGCUAGCAGAGCUAGCCAGCUUCCAGAUACGAAACAAGCGAUCGGUAGUAAAGCGAUAUAUCGCCUACUGCCCGAGAUGUAAGGAAAACCAAGUCGACCGGCAGAGACCGCCAGGCAGCCUGCAGCCGAUUCCAGUCGUGGGAAUCCCCUUCGAUACCGUAACAAUCGACUUCGUUACCGAUUUACCAAAAGUAAAAGCACGAGGGAGUCCGUGGGCAUUACCCGGAUUCGAGUGGUUUGAUACGCUCGCGCCCACAACGGACAAAUUCUCGAAGAAGGUCAUACUUCUACCAGGCCAUACCACGUACGGGGCCAAGGAGUGGGCAAUAGUCCUUAUUAGGGCCUUCCAACUGGCUGACUGGGGACUUCCACGUCGUAUCAUCAGCGACAGAGACCCCAAGUUCAUCUCAGCCGUCUGGACCGCGAUAUUCCGCACUCUCGGAGUGAAACUGCUCUUGUCGACAGCCUACCACCCACAGACUGACGGCCAGAGCGAGAGAACAAACCAAACAGCGGAAAUUGCAAUCCGAUUCCAACUUUCAGAGUACCCGGAAACCCCAUGGCCAGAGGUUCUCCCAGCGCUGCAACACAACCUCAACAACUCGUACACCGCAACGAUCGGGAGAUCUCCCAAUGAGGUCGUAUACGGAUUCAAGCCUCGAAGCACUCUCGACGUCAUCGCGGAAAAAGACGCUCCAACCGAGUCUAUCGACGUCAUAAGAAAGAUAUACCAGGACGAGGCAGCGGCUUUGAUCGAUAUAGCGAACUCGCUGAGAAAGGAACGCUAUGACAAAAAGCACUCAGACGUCAGAUUCUCCGUUGGCGACGAGGUUUGGAUAAGACUAGGGAAGGGCUUCCACUUACCUGGCCAACGCCAUAACAAGUGGACGUCACGACGUAUGGGCCCCUUUCGAAUCGUUCGAAUUGUGAGCCCAACAGCUUACGAAGUCGACCUCCCGGCCCAUUGGCGAAUUUUUCCAAUCCUAUCGGUAGCGCAGCUAUACAAGCCAGCCCAGGGAGACGACCCAUUCAACCGUGAACAACAGCCGCCCCAACCUAUCGAGGUUGACGGCAGCGAAGAAUGGGAAAUCGACCACAUUGUGAGCCGCAGAAUCAACCGGAGAAAACGCGAGCCAAGGAUCGAAUAUCUCGUUCGCUGGAAGGGAUUUACCGCAAGGUUCGACACCUGGGAGCUUCGCGAAUCGCUUGAGACCAACGCAGCAGAGCUCGUCAACGAGUAUGAGGCGAGAUAUCCCGUCGACGCGGAGAUUCGACAUCAAGAACGCGAAGAUGUCUUCCCAACGCACUCGCCAAGACACCGACGAGAUCGCCGAAACCCCCACCGGCUCCGUCGCAGCCCCGGAAGCGACGUAGGCAACAACGAGACCCAGACCGACGACGAGAACCUCGGAGACAACUUCGGCCUGGCCGACGAGGAACUUCACGUCGUCAGCGAGAGCGCCGCCGAGGAAAUCACCGUGGCCGCCACUGAACACACUGGUGACCAGCAGGACACCACCAUGUUCGACGCCGACGAGGCUAACAAGGCCCACGAAGCCCACGCCGAACCUACCGAGACGGUCGAGGAAGACCAGCCUAAGAGGACCAGCAAGGGCAAGGCCAAGACCAGGGCCAAGAAGAGCAACCCCGAGCCAGUUGACGAAUCCAGCGAGGAGGAGGAGUCCGACGCCUCAGCCGUCGAGGCCACUCCCGCCCCCAAGGCUAAGAAGGCCAAGGCUGGCAAGAAGUCCGGCACCCUAAAGAAGAAGAAGCGUGCCGCUACCAAGGUCGAUAGCACCCAGGUCCGAGACGCUAAAAAGCGCGCCCAGGACGCGUUCGCCUUCUACCCGGACGAUAUGUUGCUCGAGGAGAUCGAGGCUUGUCUUGACAACUUCACCGGCCCAGCCACCCCCUCCUCCAACCUGUUCAUUCGUCGCGUUCAGGACGCUUGCAAACGCGCCUACACCGCGUACAACAACAACGCCUCGUACACGGAACACUUGCCGUCCCGCGCCUAG